UUUUACUGUUCUGAACACUGAGUGGUAAUGAUUCGUCUUUAAAAGGAUUAAAAACCGAAACUCCUGGAAACGGCGACGGGUGUAGAGAAGUGGAAGUGCAAUACUAACUACUGACUCUUUCUAUCCCCCCCACAGCCGAGUCGUCAUGAACUCCAAUUCGUGCAGCGACAGCAGCAAUGAAUCCAAUGCCAAUCCCCAUCAUCAUACACCUGAUCUAAGGCAAAUGAAUUUUGGUAAAACUGCUGGCGUCGGUGGAGUAGGAGGAGGAGGAGGUGGAGGUGGUGGAUCAAUUUCAUUGCAACAGGAACGUUAUGUAUGGGAAAUGAGGACACGUAGUCCAAAUGUGACACCUGCCAGCACAGUACUAAAUUCACCGGAUUUAAAUGCCGAUCUGCCGUAUGCACCACUUAAAUGCGAUUUGGAAAACGGAUCGAUUCAAGGAUGUGACUCGCCAACGGAUCAGGCAGGCAAUUCCUCAUCCUAUUAUUAUCAACGUCCACACUUGCAUCAAAUACGUGUGGGGCGCAGUCCGGGCAGUCAGUUUGACCACUCUCAGGGCCUGGCUAGUCCCGGCUCACCCACGGAUGUCGGCAAAGCCGAUGGCCAGUGUGUGCGGGAUGGCGAGAUUGUCGUUUUCGAUGACAUCGAUACCAAUUGGAUGAAUAAGACAUCUGCAUUGUAUCCUGGUAGCCAUGAAGAUGUAUUAAAAGUGACGAAAAUGAUCGGCCAAUUGCCAAUUGCCGAAUAUGAGGGCUCGCCACGACGAUUUGGCAAUCAAGUGCCAUUGUCCAUGGGUCUGCAGAGUUCGCGAAAGCGUCCACCAGGAUAUCCACAACGUGUCUCGCCCCAGGCAACUAACACAGCCACAGUUACCACCAUUACUAACAAUAAUGUGGCAGGUGGAGGUGGAACUAAGUCUUCAGUGGGAAAUCUUAUUGAUCUCAUCGAUCAUGAAGAGUCUGCUGCUACUGCUUCAAGUGGAGGGCCAAAAGAUCUAGAGACUACUCCGACUUUUGAUUAUCUCUAUGAGUUUUCCGAGACGCGCAAAGUCCUAGAGGAGUUCUUCAAGGCCAAUCCAGAGGAUGAGAAACGUUUCGGUGACUAUGCGAACACAGAGAAUGGUGAGGAUGCAGCCAGUUCACAUGACAAUCGGACGGCAGCGGCGACACCAAUAGAGCAGGCCUAUAUUGGUCAGCGCUUGGCUAGAAUACCCAAUGAUGAGCUGUACAUGGUACAUCGUUCACCAACCAGAAAGCAGCACCAGCCCAGUGGUAAUCACAAUAUGACACCGUCCAAUGUUUACCAGGAACACAACGAUAUUGAGCUUUAUAUCGAUUCAAAUAGCCGUAGCAGCGGUGAUCUGGCCGAUACCGAACUGGAGGCCAAUUUGCGUCGUCAUUCACGAAAUUUUACACUAUCGCCAGAGACCACUGACUACGAUUCAAAUUGCGGUGAUUUGGACAGUCUGUCCAAUGAUAUUAACUGCCCUACAGAUUAUGGCAAACUCUAUACGAGCAUGCCAGUUCUAGAGGAUGGCCUAAGUAGUGGUCAUGCCUCGGAUACGGAGAAUAAUGCAUCUGUUGUCUGCGACAAGCAUAAUGGGAAUGGCAACGAAAUUAGGAAUAUUACUGAAAAUGGUGAUAGACUGGAGAAUGACUAUAAUAAUAGCGCAAGUCUGGCAACAGUCACCACAGAUGUCUCCCAGUCGGCAUUGAUAAGCGAUUUUGCAAUAAUUCCAAUGCCAAUGCCACACCAACAGUCGCCGACAUCGCCGUCCCCUGCUCCGCUGCCGCCGCCGCUUACUCCACCGUUAUCCGAACUAAAACACGACCCGGUAGAUUCGUCAAUGGUUGAAGAUGAUGAUAAUAAUAGCUCAAAUUGCAAAACAUCGCAUUAUGGAGCAGUCUAUGCAGCAGCAGCAGCAGCAACGCCUCCUCCUCCAACAACGACGUCAAUAGCAACCCAUUGUCCAGCUGUAGAAAUACAAGAGGCCAUGAAGGAGAUACGUUCCGCUCUGCAACGGGCCAAAACGCAACCGGAGAAGCUUAAAUAUUGUGAUGAGGUGCUGCCAGCUGAUCCCGAUUCACCUGUAUGGGUGCCACGUCAGUGUAUUCCCACCAAUAUUGGCAACUUGACGCUGGCCGAAGAAGAAGCCGAUACGGAUUUGGAAACAGAUCGUUUGUUGGGCCAACAAAGACAUAACGAGCAUGAUUUCUUUGCAGAUCGGCCUGAUAGCAAUGCCAAUGAGGCCAAUGCGGACAAUGCCAGCAAUGAGCAUCUGAAUGGUGAUAAUAAUAAUUCCCAUAAAAACUCCAAGACAAUCUAUUCGCCGGCCACCUUAAGACAGGGUAUUGGAACCACACUCACACCCAAUUCCCCGGAUGUAUGCAAAGUGGAAGUAUCAGUGACAACUGGCCAACUCGGUUCACCGGAUAACUUGCAGUUCACCAAAAGUCCAACGGGUUCAAUUAAAUCCCUUAAAGAUUCGGCAAAUAGUGACCGGAAAGCCAAAACGCGCAACAAGGAGGGUUUAUUGGAACCAAAAGUAUUAAUCGAAGGCGUUUUAUUCCGUGCCAAGUAUUUGGGUUCCACUCAAUUGGUGUGCGAAGGUCAGCCAACAAAAUCCACACGUAUGAUGCAGGCCGAGGAGGCAGUCUCUCGCAUUAAGGCGCCAGAGGGUGAAAGUCAACCUAGCACUGAGGUCGAUCUAUUCAUAUCAACUGAAAAAAUAAUGGUGCUCAAUACAGACCUCAAGGAAAUAAUGAUGGAUCAUGCUCUGCGUACCAUAUCCUAUAUAGCUGACAUUGGUGAUCUUGUUGUCCUAAUGGCUCGUCGUCGUUUUGUGACCAACAGGGAUAUGAAUGUUACUGGCGGACUGGAUGAGAGUCUAACAUCUCCCUCUGAUUUGGGUGAUGGUUCGCAUCCAAUUACCACAACAACUACAACUACCACAACGACCAGCACCACCAAUAACACCACUAGCAGCAGCACCACCAUUGAUUGUGACUCACCUCCACUCAAAGUGGAGGGCAAUAAGCUCAAUCGCACACCCAAAAUGAUUUGUCACGUAUUCGAGAGUGAUGAGGCACAAUUUAUUGCCCAAUCAAUUGGUCAGGCCUUUCAGGUAGCCUAUAUGGAAUUCCUUAAAGCUAAUGGCAUUGAGAAUGAGAAUUUAGCCAAAGAGAUGGACUAUCAGGAGGUAUUAAAUAGCCAGGAAAUUUUUGGCGACGAACUUGAAAUAUUUGCCAAAAAGGAACUGCAAAAAGAGGUCGUUGUACCCAAGGCCAAAGGUGAAAUCCUUGGUGUGGUCAUUGUCGAAAGUGGCUGGGGCUCAAUGCUUCCCACAGUGGUGAUAGCCAAUUUAAUGUCAACCGGCGCCGCUGCCCGUUGUGGCCAAUUGAAUAUUGGUGAUCAAUUGAUUGCCAUUAACGGUAUGAGUUUAGUGGGCUUACCUCUGUCCACCUGCCAGAGUUACAUACGGAAUGCCAAGAAUCAAACUGCCGUCAAAUUCACCGUCGUGCCCUGUCCACCUGUUGUUGAAGUCAAAAUCCUACGACCCAAGGCAUUAUUCCAGCUCGGUUUCAGUGUACAAAAUGGAGUGAUAUGCAGUCUACUUCGCGGUGGUAUUGCCGAGCGUGGUGGAGUACGUGUGGGUCAUCGCAUCAUUGAGAUCAACAAUCAAAGUGUGGUAGCCGUGCCCCAUGAUACUAUUGUUAAGCUGUUGUCCUCUUCUGUUGGCGAAAUUCUUAUGAAAACUAUGCCCACAUCCAUGUUUCGAUUGCUCACUGGCCAGGAGACGCCUAUAUAUAUUUAAUAUGUUCACUUACAUGCCGCGCACAUCCAAUUGAUAGAGGACAACUGAAACUGGAAAUGCAAAUUACCCAAAAACAAAACAAAAAAAGGAAAUUAUUGAAAACCUUAAAUUACUCAUUUAAUUUUAAGGACAAAUAACGCACGCAAAAUAACAAAACAAACCAACAAAAACAAACAAAACAGACAACAAAACAAUCAAAGAAAAAGCGAAUGCAAUUUACUUCAGUUAUUUGCUUUUCGGUUGCUCCUUUUUGUUUCAACUUGUAUAUGAAAAAAGACUGAAUUUGAUUAUAAUUGUGUGUGUAUGUGCGUGUGUGUGUGAGUGUGAGUGUGUGUAUGUAUGUAUGUAUGUGUGUGUAUGUAUUCGAGAGACAGGAGACAACCAAACAGAAUGAUAAAGAAAGAGAGAGAGCGAGAGAGAAAAGAAGACGAACUUUACUACUCCGCAUUCACAUUUGGUGAUUGAUCGAUCCUUUGGAUUCCUGUUCCUGUUGGUAUUCUCGUAGGGAGUAAAACUACUCCUAGCAUUCCACACAAUCUGUAUAAAGCCCUAAAGCAAAAUAACGGCCUUCUCGAUUCGAACUCGGUCUAUAUAGAGAAUAUUUUAGUUGAAGAUUUCAAUUUGAAUUUACAUGCAAACGCGCACUUUUUUUUUGUUUAUU